CGCGAUGGACCUGCACAUCCUGGAGCACCGGGUGCGGGUGCUGAGCCUGGCCCGCCGCGGGCUCUGGCUGUACACGCACCCGCUGCUCAAGCUGCUCUUCCUGCCCCAGCGCUGCAGGUGCAAGUUCUUCAGCCUGACGGAGACCCCCGAGGACUACACCAUCAUGCUGGACGAGGAAGGCUUCAAAGAGCUGCCGCCCUCCGAGUUCAUGCAGGUGGCGGAUUCGACGUGGCUGGUGCUCAGCGUCGUCUCCAACGGCCGGGCGCCCUCCGGCUGCCAGGCCACCGGCGUCACCAAGAUCGCCAGGUCGGUCAUCGCGCCGCUGGCCGAGCACCACGUCUCGGUGCUGAUGCUCUCCACCUACCAGACCGACUUCAUCCUGGUGCGGGAGCGGGACCUGCCGGUGGUGAUCCACACGCUGGCCGGGGAAUUCGACAUCUACAAGGAGGAGAGCGGCGAGUGCGUCCCCGUCACCUGCGACGACGUGAGCAACGGCUUCCUCAAGCCCAAGCCGGCGGCCAGCCCCACGCUGCACCCCGUGCAGAGCCCCCAGACCCGCUUCUGCGUCCUGACCGUGGCCCCCGACACGCUGCCCGCCAUCGCCACCAUGCUCAUCGACGUCCUCUUCUACUCCCACAGCCCCCCGAGGGAGGCUGGCGCUGGCAGCCAGGACCUCGACUCCAUCACCUUCUUCGCCUUCUCCCUCAUCGAGGGCUACAUCUCCAUCGUGAUGGAUGCCGAAACCCAGAAGCGGUUCCCCAGCGACCUGCUGCUGACCAGCUCGACGGGGGAGCUGUGGCGCAUGGUGCGGAUCGGCGGGCAGCCCCUCGGCUUCGACGAGUGCGGCAUUGUGGCGCAGAUCGCCGAGCCGCUGGCCGCCGCCGACAUAUCGGCGUAUUACAUCAGCACCUUCAACUUCGAUCACGCCCUGGUCCCCGAGGACGGCAUCGCCGAGGUCAUCCAGCUGCUGCAGCAGCGCCAGGAGAGCGGCAGAUAGCGGCCGGCUGUCCCCACGCCGGGUGGCCCAGCGCGGUGGCACGGUGGGCUCCCCCCGCCCCCACCCCCCCACCCCUAUAUUUGUUAUUUUUUUAAUUGUAACCCCCGCCCCAGUGCGGGGCAUCGCUCCCUGUCCAGAUGUGGGGACGUGGUGGCUUCGGGGACGCGGUGGCUUCGUGGCAGCGGGACAGUGUCCGGUGGGAGGGGGGAGCGUCCCCACCGUGUCACCCCGUGGGCGAGGCCGAAGGGCAGCCCCGUGUCAUCCUCUGCCUCCAGCCCUGCCCACGCGGGGUUGGGGGGCUCGGGUGGAGAGUGGGGGUCCCGCAGUGGAGGAGGGGACAUGGGGGGGACGUGCCAGAGAGCAGUGAUGUGCCACCGCGGGGCUGGGGGUGACAGCCCGGGGCUGGCGGGACGUGUCCUCGCCCCCUGCGGGGGUCCCCACGGGGGGUCCCCUUGGGUGGGGGGUGCCCGUGAUGCUCUGGGGCACCACUGGACUGGCCCCGGGGGGGUGAAGGCACCCCCAGAGCUGGGGUUCCCCCCCAGCACCCCAAAAACCUCCAAGGCAGAGAUGGGGGGGGGUACGGUUCAGCCCCAGCCCUGUGUCCCCUCUGGGGUGGCCCCACGCCCCUGCCUGGGCCGUCGUGUAUCGUGGGGGGGCGACAGUGACCCCCCCAGCUCCUCCCAAGCUGUAUUUUCAGACAGGUUUUAAUAAGUCAAUAAAAUUCCUAUUAUUUU